CUUCUGGCGUACUGCAUCAUUUGUUAGCUAUUGCUUGCAGCAGGUCCAGGCUGGCUAUGUUACCAGGAGCUGAUUGGAGCAGGACACAUUUUUGCUGACUGGAGUCACGGUAUGUGAGCUGAAACAGGCACAGACACAGAUUGGGUCAUGCAGAAAACAUCUCUCUCCUGUGAAGCAAGACUGUUUGUGUUUUUAAGUUCACUAGGACUAAUGAAUUAAAGGGAAAAAAAACGUUGCAUUCAGCUCGCUGUUUAUGUCGUCACGGAACAAGUUCUUUCCAGAGGUGCAACAGUGUUCAAAGAACUCUCCCUGUUGAAAGGGGAAAGGAAAGAAACUCUGCUGGAAAACGGUCUUGAGCCUUUAAAUUCGAGUGCCCCCAUGAUCACCACAGCAAGGGUGCCUGCAGAUAAACCUGUCCGGAUAGCUUUCAGCUUAAAUGACUCCACAGAAGUGACUGCUGCAGAAAAUUCAUUUCCUCUGGCAUUUCCAGAUCUAGAACAAAAUUUACAGCCUCUGCCUCCCUGUCACACUUCAAAGGAGUCUAUGCAGGUCUUCAAUCAACACUGUAAAAUGGCAGAGGAAUACUGUGCAGUGAAAAAAGAAAUUGCAGUGUUAGAAGAGAGGAGGGAGGAACUAAUUGCAGAAAUGAAUAAAGAAGAACAAGAAAUGGAUAUCUAUCAGCUUGCCUUAGAGUAUGAACGACUGACUGAAGAAAACCAGACUCUGAAAUUGUUCCACAACCAAUGUGCAGAACUACUUGAAAAACUUCGGGUACAACAGCAGAAAAGACAAGGGUCCUCAUAACCUCAUCUGAACAUACAACAUUAUAAGACAGAACAUGCUACUUCAUGUUAAAGUGACAUGUAUUUCAUAGGGUCUUGGUGAUAAAUGUUGAAUACUUCCGUUGAAUUCUCAACAGAGGUUUUACAUGCCAGAAUGUCAGAUUAUAAUAUCAUAGCAUUUCCUGUGAAUGGGUACAAGCUUAAAAAAUGCCAUGUUUUAUGUACAGCUAAAAUUGGAAAAAUACAGUCAUUCUAUACAAUGUAUACAAUUAAAGCACAAUAAACUAUCAGAACCAUAUCUCAUCCUUUACUACAGCAUUCAAAACAGACUGUAUGAAGAAAUAUUGCAAGACAAGGUACUUUCUGAGGGCAGUAGGAAUUGUGUGAUUUCAUGAGAAUUGUGCAAAAGGUGUGUGUAUGUGCACAGGGCACUGUUUUCAAUAGCAUACGAAAUAAUCAGCUGUUAAAAAUGACCUACCCCCUGCAUGCUGCAGAGAUGCCUGCUACUGCCUGUACAAUGACCACAGUACAUGGAUAUUGUAAAUGUUAAAAUGUUAAAAUGCAAAUUAAUUGGUACUGAACUUUAGCUAUAAAUAGUAGUGCUCCUUGAUGCUAAGUAUUAGCAAAAUGCUUAUGAACACAAAAUCUAGCAAAUAUGCAAGAUGUAUAGUUGCUCUCCAGCUUCUGCUGAUUUAGAAGUAGAUACUGCUGUCUGGUAAGGGAACAAU